AUGUCGUUAGUGGCGCAACAGCUGGAGACGCACAAGCGACUGCAAGCCGCGCGACAGGAACUAUGGAGACUAUAUCUGCCAAACUUUCUGUGUCCCUACCGCGAGUUCGUAUUAGACCCUAGCCUUCAGUUCUGGACUAUCGUUGUUACUCUCGCUUUACCCAAACGCUGGGAUUUUUCUAUCUCUCGAAUUUCACAGACGUUGUUCAUACGUCCAACUCUUGCUACUUUGCGAUUCUUCUCCAAAGACCCUGAUGGCGAAGAUCUUCUGGUCACCGCUGGCAAAGAGCUGCUGCACCCAGUUGCGCCCCGUCCACUGCAUUUUCAGCCUCCCUCCGACAUACAGUCGGCUCUGUCGGGUGUUGCCGCGUUUGUCCUGAGUGUCGUCGCGGACGUGAUUGGUGCAUUUAUGGAUCCCGUUAAAAUGAAAAAAUGGUUUUCCGCAAUGUCGGCCUUCCGGGCGUACUUACAAGCAUCCGGUGUAGGUGCAGAAUUGGAGGAAUCCCUCAUCAAACCUCUUUGGAGAGGGCGGCUUCUAGACAACCUAAAGAUUCUCAAUGACUGCCAAGAAAUCUUAGACGAGGACCGUACGAAACUUGCGAAUGACCUUGAUUCAGAGGUAAGCUCGGAAGACCUCGUCGUCGGUUGCAGCAUGAUGCGUUUCGCCACCGCCGCGUAUGGUGUUGAAAUGGUUCGCUCGGCAAUUGAUCGCGAAGCGAAUUACGAACAUGUCAACAGUGAGCGAAAGGCCAUUGCAUUUCACUGCAAUAUCCCAACCGAGGACGUCAAGUAUAUUUAUAUCCAGCCAGGAGACGAAAUGCACACGAUGCGUCAUUUCAUUGCGGUCGAUGAAAAGACCAAAUCCGUCGUUCUCGCCAUCCGGGGAACGUUAUCAAUUUCCGGUGCCUUGGCGGACAUGCAAGCUAUGGAUUUUGAUUUUUGUGGCGGCAAGGCACACAUGGGUAUAGCGGAACAAGCCAAUUUACUUUGGCAGAAAACAGGACAACGCCUCCGCAGGAUCGCUUCCGCAUACUCGGAAGAAUACCGAAUCAUUUUUACGGGACAUUCGCUUGGAGGAGGUGCCGCGUGCCUAUUGCACGUGAAAGUGCACACAGAGAAUCUGUUGCCGACGAGACAGGUCUACUGCUACGGCUUUGCACCCCCACCAACAUAUUGCAAGGGUAGCACUCCUUCGCCAGGUCUGGAAAUGGCCGUCAAGAACUGUGUAUGCUUUGUGCACGAUAACGACUGUGUUCCACUUCUGAGUGUGGCAUCCAUCCGUCGUCUGGCUUGCCUUAUGGAUGCGGUUGACAAUUGCACGGAAAAUCUCUGGUUCACGACACGUUUCCGAAUCUUUUGGGAGUUUGUCAAGGUCCCUGGCGAUAUCGUCAAAACUGUCUGCAGCGUUAAGCAUGACUCGAAGGCAGUCGUUGGUGAGUCAGCCAUGGUCAUCCCAGCCCGUUGCAUUGUUUGGAUGAAGAAGACCUUAAGUGGACGUUUUGAGGCCCUUGCGUGUAGUUCAAAAGCCAUGGCCUCCAUGAAUAUCUUUGUCUGCCAAGAUAUGAUUGCUGAUCACAUGCCAGAGCAAUACGAGGAUGCCCUAGACAGUCUUGUAGCUAGAAGGUUUCAAGAGCAACUGUAG